AACGGCUACACUUCACGUCUACUGCAAUGGCACGAUCUUCCGCGAUCGUUGCUUCCCAUCUCGGGUCGUCCUGCAUUGAGCUGGUGGUAUGAUGCAGCAAGAACAUUGUUUAAGAAUGUGUAUAUUGUUGCCAAUGCAUACAACGCCGGCGUUGUAUCUGAUACCGCAUUUGUUCACCGCGUCAAGAAAUGUGACCAGGGCGCCAUCCUGAUGACCGCUGACUUUUUAUACGAUUCAGAGCAAGACAGCUGGUUGUCCGAUCUGAUCCAACACGAGUUGUUGUCCUCCUCCUCCUCCUCCUCCUCCCCUUCCUCAAAAGACCGUCUUUUUACAUAUGGCAAGAAAUGGUUGUUCUGUACAAUGAGCUGCAAAACGCUCAAUGCGCUCGCGUCGCUCCCACAAGACGCGACUUUGCAGGAUGCAUUGGUGUCCAGUGGUGGUAUCCAGCCUGAACAAGCACAGCAGCCAUCGACCCACAUGUUCAUGGAUGAAUCACUCUCGCUUGAUGCCUAUCUGUCAACAUGGAUCGAUUAUUUCGACACACGACGGGAUAGAAAUGGAUCCACUUUGGCCAGACAGGACAUACUUCAAGUGAGAGCUUAUGCUCGUGUUGGAUUGAUGGGCAAUCCUAGCGAUGGUUUCUACGGCAAAACCAUGUCGCUGUUGAUUUCCAACUUUUGGGCCCAAGUCACCCUGAUCCCUCACGAUCACUCUGAGCCAGAAUACAGCAACGUGACUAUCAUGUCGAAUCCUGUGGCCGAUCCAAGACGAUUCAGUACGCUCAGUUCCUUGGCCACCUUGAUCGAAACCGAGGGCUAUGAAAACGGCGACCGAUUACUGCUGGCAUGCUGUAAAGUUUUCUACUGCCAUUGCCGUGAAGCAGGCAUUGAGAUUGAUACACGCCAAGGAUUCAAGUUGUUGUUUGAUACAAACAUUCCUCGGCAAGUCGGUCUGGCAGGUUCAUCAGCCAUCAUCACUGCUUGUUGGAAGACACUCUUGAAGUUUUAUCAGGUCACGAACGAGCAGAUUCCUUUAGAGAAACAGGCUUCCUUGGUGCUCUCAGUGGAGGUGGACGAAUUGGGAAUUGCUGCAGGUCUCCAAGACCGAGUGAUCCAGGCAUAUGGAGGACUUGUUUAUAUGGAUUUCGACAGACAGUUUGUGGAGACGCAUGGAUAUGGAAAAUACGAGCAGUUGGAUACGUCGCUGGUUCCACCCCUGUUCCUUGCGUAUGUUGCCCGACCUGAAGAUUCGGGAAAAGUACACAGCACUGUCAAACAGCGAUUUUUAAAUGGUGAUCCUGAGAUCACAGAGGCAAUGGCACGAUUUGCAUCUUUCACGGAACAAGCACGACACAGCCUCGAACAAGGCGAUCAUCAUGCAUUUGCUCAGCUCAUGACAGCCAAUUUCGAACAGCGACGGAAAACAUAUGGCGAUGCGGUCGUGGGUGCAGCAAAUCUACGCAUGGUUAAAUUGGCACGCCAGCACCGUUGCGUGGCAAAAUUCCCAGGCAGUGGUGGGGCUGUUGUGGGUAUGUGGGAUGGUAGUGACGAGGCAACACGGGAGCAGGAUCUGUUGGGACUGCGUCAUGCCCUUGAAAGUGAAGGCUGUGUAUUUGUCAAGAUAACUCCAAUGGGAAACCAAGCAUAA